AUGGUAUUCGCAGAGCACGAGCGAAAACGUCUCUUCAACGCAGUAGAUGAGAAGUCCACUAAGCUUGAGGCAAGAAUUCUCGAGCUCGAGAACAGAGUCAAGAAAGAUACCAAGAAAGAAGCAGAGGACCAGGGAGAGAGAGGCCAAGGAAAACAGCCCAUGACGCAGAGGGACUGCGAAGCCAUAGACCUGUGGCGUUCGAUGAGUUCCCUCAAGAAUGGGCUCGAGAGUCUGCAUACGGAGCUCGGUUCUAUGAGGGAACAUCUUCAUGCGAUGCCGACAUCCCUUCCAAAGCCCGAUGAGGACUCAGAGGACCGUCGAAGGACAGGUCAAAGGCCUGACGUAUAUAUCGAUGCCAGACUGAAGGAGAUGAUGGCCGAGUUUCGAAGCAAAAUCCGUAGUUGCGAGGGUCUUCUUGGCAGCAUGACACUGGCAACUCAGAUGGAGUGGAACUACUAUACAAGGCGUGAUGCGCAAGUUAAUUUCAGUAUUGCUACGGCGACGAGGAUGGACGGCAGUCAGAUGAAGCAAAUCUCACUAUUGGGCAUGAUCUUCCUGCCUGGCACAUUCCUCGCGACUUUCUUUUCCAUGACUUUCUUCAGCUGGAUACCAGACGGCAGUGCUCAGAAGAUCUCUCCGUGGCUUGCUCUCUAUGCAGGGCUCACGUUCCUGCUGACAUCAGGGACCGUGUUUUGGUUCAGAUAUUGGUCGACGAUCCAAUUAGAAGACGCAAGGAAAAGCGUCCAGGAAGACCUGGACAAGGAUAGGGAGAUAAGUCUAUUCCCGAGGCUGAGUUGGCGGACCUCUUCAUCUUCUAUUGACACAAAAGACCCCGAGAAGGGCUCGGUGUAA